AUGGCCUCGUCCUGGGCGGCGGCGAUGAGCGUGGGCGCGGGCACGGUGGAGGCGCUCAAGGAGCGGCACGCCGGGCGGUGCCGCUGGAACUACCGCGCCCUCCCGUGCGUCCAGCAGCGCGCUGGUACCGCGGCCGCCGGGAACGGCAAGACCAUGGCGGCGGCCUCUGCCGGCGGGGCGGCGGCGAGGAGGAGGAAGGCGAGGCAGGAGCAGGAGGAGGAGCUCCGGACAGUCAUGUACCUCAGCAACUGGGGACCAAACAACUAA